AUGGGCAUUUGGAGACCUCUGAUUAGUGGGCUUUCCACAACUCGGCCCGGGCGGCAGUUUUACGGGUCCGUAUUGAAGAAAACUUCGCAACCACCGGCAACCCGACCCCAUACAGGUUUCUGUGAUGGACACCCUUGUAAUCUAUUCCAGUCCGAGAACAUUUUGUACUUUUCAACAUCAUUAUUUCAACUCAUCCCACCAUUAAUUCUGUUUCUGCUUCUACCAACAAUCACGCCUCUCUUUCUUACUUUUCUCCCUUCCACUGAUACGAUACCAUUUUUUUGUUGUUGUUGUUCCUUUCUCUUCGUUCUUUUUUUCCUUUUCUCCCAUCUCUUAAUUCCAGAUAACCCCAGCCGUUGCGGACUGUUCGCGGUACUGGUGCAGAGACAGUGCAGGUUAUCUAUCUAUCUCUCUAUCUAUCUAUUUUUAUCUGGCUGUCACUAUCUAUCCAACUAUCUAACUUUAAUAUCUAUCUAUCUAUCUAUUUUUAUCUGGCUGUCACUAUCUAUCCAACUAUCUAACUUUCAGUAUCUAUCUAUCUAUCUAUUUUUAUCUGGCUGUCAGUAUCUAUCUAUCUAUCUAUUUUUAUCUGGCUGUCACUAUCUAUCCAACUAUCUAACUUUCAGUAUCUAUCUAUCUAUUUUCCAAUCAUCUAACUCAGCAUUCAUCUAUCUAUUUUAUCUGGCCGUCAUCUAUCUAUCCAAACUAUCUAACUAUUUUUCUGGCUAUCUAUCUAUCUAUCUAUUUUUAUCUGGCUUAUCUAUCUAUCUAUCUAUCUAUCUAUCUAUCUAUCUGUCUGUCUGUCAGUAUCUAUUCAACUAUCUAACUUUCAGUAUCUAUCUCUCUAUCUGGCUGUCAGUAUCUAUCCAACUAUCUAACUUUCAGUAUAUCUAUCUAUCUAUCUAUCUGCCGGUCAUAUUUCUCUAUCUGCCUGUAUGUAUCUAUCUACCUAUAUAUCUAUAUUUAUCUACCUGUCAAUAUCUAUCUAUCUAUCUAUUUAUUUAA